AGAAGACAAUACGUCAAGAAAAUCAGGGGUGUAACAACUGGUACAGUUGAUUAAGCCUCAACCGAACUGACUUUUAGAUAUUUCACCAUUACUGAGUACACAUUUUUGAAUAUCAUUCCUUGGAAAAGCAAUAAAACCUGACCCACUUUUAGAAAUCCUUAUCAAUCUGUAUUGCGUGACUACGGCCUUGAAAAUAGCGGUUGUCCGUUUUGUGAUGGGAAAAUGAGUACUGAGUCGUUCUGAGGGGUUCAUUUAGCCUUUACAGAGCGUUUGAAAUUGCAAGAAGAUAAGAAAGAAAUGAAAAUUGAAUAUGAAUAAUGAGAGCGACAAUGGCUUGAGUGGCCUGAUUGUAAUUCAGUAAUGCAUUGAUCCAUCGAUUGUACUCAUCUCUCGAGUGUUAUUUACUUACAUCACAAAAAAUAGAGGUUUAUUCUUUUCUGCCUUAUUUAUUCAUUAAUUCUCCUAUACAUGCAUUCACUUUUUUAUCAUUGAAACACUCUUUUAAAAAGUCUGUCCACGUCAAAAUUAAAUUAAAUUGGUAAUAAAGAAAACCAAGAACGUUUCAUGACAUUUUCCCGUUAUAUAUUGAUUCUUCGCAAAUAUUAUUACUGGAAGUACAUAAGAAUAACACAACCUGUCAUUUUAAAAGCAGGAUCCAUCGCGCCAGCCAUUGUUUUUAUGAUUGUAUACAUGACUUAUCUAUUGAUGCUCGACAUGUCUUUUGCGUUUUUUUGUUGAAAGCAAAUAUCAUUAGUUGACUCAGUUGGUAAGUGAAAAGUGCUUUUUCACAGUACCAUCACGCAACGCAUAUCUUAUUCAGCAGUCAAGAUAGAAUGAGCACAUCUAAUCUGCGAAAGAGAAUUUUAGCUCAAAUAAUAGACUCGAAAGAAAUAAGGAAAGAGAGAAAAAAGGGCGUUGAACUUGGAAUUUCUAAAGAAUCAGCUUGAGGUGGAAAUUGAGGUUGAAAUAAAGCACAGUUGAGGUUUUAAGGAUAUUAAUGUCUGGGAUCGCCCGUAGUGCAUGAAACAUCAUACCACGUAUUAUUAGUCAUCACUGAGGUAAAAGAAAAGAGAGCUUUAUUGGUCUUUAUUGCAAAUAAAAAAGACACUUGAAAAGAAAGCCAUUAAAGAAUAAGCUCCAUCAAACACUUUAAUUCACCUACAGAUUACGCCAUAUAUAGGAACAAUAAUAAUUCGUAAGGCAGUAAAAAAGACGCCCUCAAAGAGAGUUGUUUUUCAACCUGUAGUGCACUAAAGACUAAAACCAAACCUUAAUUUUGGGGCGAAGUCUUGAUGUAGCUAAAUUGGUGAAAACAAGAUAAAGAGCAACCAAUUGCAACGAGAAACAGGGAAAGUUCAAAAAGGAAUUGGAAAAAAGGAGUUGGCCGUAAAAAGCUUAUUUAGAACAACAGAGUUAAAAAAGCAGAUACUGUCGACAUUGUUUCAGGUCCAACUAUCAACGUUGUCCAUUUCAACUAUCAACUGUGGGUGAAUGGAUAUUUGAAUUGCCGUUUUACGUACAAGGUUAAAUUCAAGAAGAUCAAGCAAUUCAGUGAGAUUCCCUGGGGGCAAAAUUCAACAAGCAAAUUAAUUAUAUUCAGAACGUUACACUUUUGUUGCAUUAUCUACUAGCUCUAGUAGAAGUCGAUUACAAAGAGAUACUGAAGUUUUUUUGUGUAAAAAACUAAUUCAAGAACUAUUAUGUCUCUAAACGAAAAUGUCGUAAACGUUUCGACAAAUAUUACUGGUUCAUCUCCAAGAUCAGGAACUGACCUAGUGCCAGUAAUCAUCAUCCACAUCAUAAUCAUAAUUGGCAUCAUUGGAAACUCUUUUGUCGUCAUCAUCGUUGCGAUGAUCAACAGCAUGAAAACAACGACGAACCUUCUCCUUGUUAACGUGGCAAUUGCAGACAUCAUCAUGUUGAUGCUUACUGCUAUACACAUGAUACUAUCAAGGACAAUUCCCUUUGAUAACAGCUUCCUUUGUAAAGUCAUUGAUGCUAAUACUUUAUCAAAUAUUGCUUUAAUGGCGACUAGUCUUACUCUAACAGUGUUGUCUGUUGAGCGCUAUCAUGCGUUGGUGAAGCCAAUGAAAAUAUCAAGAAGACUCACUUUGGAAAAUGUGCUUUUUGUCAUAGUUGGUGUGUGGAUUGUGUCAGCGGUUAUGAAUCUUCCAAUUUUUAUCUAUAUUGACUUCGAUCCUAAUCAAAGAAGAUGUUCUCCUGGAAAUAAUAACGGCAGCUUAUUAGUGUCUGUAGGUGGGAUUGUUCUGACUAUGACCAUUAUUCCAUUCAUUGUUAUUGCAUUUUGUUACACAAAGAUUGUUGCAGAACUGUAUUUUAGUAAGACCAUCUGUAAGCCUCAUGGAAAUCCUGGGUUAAUUCAAGAGGAUUUAUUAGCAAAGAAAAAGCUGGUUAAACUGCUAAUUACUAUUACAGUGGUAUUCUUCAUUGCAUUUGUCCCGUACGGUGUACUUCAGAUAUCAAUCUUUGGUCUUACUGGUGCACGGAAAUACAACCAAGACAUGGUGAACCUUGCAAGAGUAAUGAUUUAUCUACUUCCUGUGCACUCGUCAAUCAAUCCGUUUCUUUAUUCACUUCAAAGCAAUAAUUACAGACAGGGGUUCAAGAUACUGAUCAAGAAACUGAUUUGUUCAAGGAAUCAAGAUUGGAAUAUCAGUAUACAUCGAGCCAGCUCUGCGCAUCGAACGAUGGCUGCCGUUUCAUUACGGCACGAUGAAGCAGAGGUUUAAUGCAACAUAAGAAAAGAAGAACUGUUCUGAUGAUUUUGUAAUUGUAAUGCUAGGCUCUUUUGCCCUUUAUGCAAGCGUUUCAAUCAAAACGAAACGACCACAGAGUUCUUGAAGACAUUAGUCCAUGAUCGUUUGAAGGGGUGAAAGAUAGUAUCUGUCGUUGUAUGCUAAUCAGUAGUCUCGAUUUAGUGCAAAAGCAAGGCUACCUCGCACGCAUCGAACUGUAAACGAAAUCGUGAUCUGUGGUUAGACUCAUGAUGGUUAUUUCAUAUAUCAUAACUACCAGAAUGCUUUGCCCACUUUCGUUUAGCUAUCGUUUAUAAUGUAUUAAAUCGCAAUACUCCAUUUUCGAAAUCAAAGCGAAUAACCGCUGUUUUAUAUGACAACAGAUUCUCUUAGGUAAUGAACGUACUAAAUACAAAAGAAAGCACGAGAAAAUGUUGUUAGUACAAUAGCGAUAACAAUUUGCAUUUCCCCGAGUUGAGGCUAACCCUGUAUUCCCAGAAGGCUCGUACCUUAAGUYUUAUGGUAAUACAGGAAUAGUCUAAACUCGGGGAAAAUCCAAAUUUUCAAGUCAAUUGUAAGAACGACAUUUUUCAGUCCUCUCUUUUGUGUUUGCCCAUUUCUUUGCGCAAGAGAAUCUGUAAUCAAAUAAGGCAGCGGUUUUCCCUAUGGAGUAUUGUUUUACUAAUCUCGAAAAAAUAACCAAGAAAAUACACAGAGCAUUCUGGUAGUUCUAACAACGUAAUCCUGCAAAUGACCUAUUUUCCAUCAGAUAGACUCAAACGCCAUCUAGAAACUCAAACGCCAUCUAGAGGAUACCAAGCCAUCAAAGUAUAAGCUCAGACACUAGCAAUCAUUUCAUAUUUAUGAACCUUUAUUAUAAUUUGUUCUUAUUAAAAGACGUUUGAUAGAAAA